AUGUCUAAAAAUGAAGAAUUGCACUUGGAUUUGCUUAACAAGAUAAAGAAUAUUUUAAAUGCUCAUAAUCCAUUUGUACACACGUUUCGCCAAUUAGCUCAGUGUCCAGAUAUACAUGAAUGCAGACUUCAGAUCAAAGAACAACCACGUAAUAGGCCCCAAUACAACCUUCCGAUUGCUCCUGAAGUUGCUGCAGUUUUAGUAGGUGGCGAAGAAGCUGAAAAUUUAAGACCAAGAGAUAUCAUUGUCCAAUCAACCAGUGGUCACCUCCUAAAUAUUCCUGAUAUUGUCGGAUAUUAUGAUCCAUUACAGUACGACAUUCGCCCUAGUGAUCAAUCUCUUUUCCUUCGAGGACGUCGCCUCUUACAACAGUAUGUUGUAGAUAAUUAUGUGAAGAUUGAGUCCAACAAAUUAAGAUGGAUACGUACUCAUCAGAAUCACAUUCGAGCAGAUUUUUAUCAAGGUCUUCUAGAUGCAGUACAUGCUGGUGAAAAUUAUGGAGGUAAUGUCGGUCGUAGAACAAUAUUAUUGUCGUCAUUUAUUAGUAGCCCACGAGACAUGUAUCAGCGAUAUCAAGAUGCAAUGGCUCUGGUUCAAAAGUAUGGAAAACCUGAUCUUUUCCUUACAAUGACUUGCAAUCCAAAUUGGCCUGAAAUUAAAGCUGAGUUACUACCUGGACAGUCACCACAUGAUUGCCCUGAUUUGUUGACAAGAGUAUUUCAUUCAAAAUUUGAUGAGAAGAAGACCGACAUUCUUACAAAACAUGUACUCAGGAAGGUUCUAGCAUAUGCAUAUGUUAUUGAGUAUCAAAAAAGAGGCCUACCACAUGCCCACAUGGUCAUUAUUUUGUAUAAAAAUGAUAAGUUACGCACUCUUGACGAUUAUGAUAACAUUGUCAGAGCUGAAAUUCCAGACAAGAGAUUAAAGCCUAGAUUAUACAGUGCAGUUCUGAAACACAUGAUACAUGGCCCAUGUGGAAUGUACAAUGAACGAUCACCGUGUAUGACAAAUGGUCGGUGCAAAAGACGUUUCCCAAAGCCAUUUUCUCCAAUUACUACACUUGGAAACGAUUCAUAUCCUGUUUAUCGAAGAAGAAAAGGGGAGUCAGUUCCAUUAGAGAGUAAUCCAAGCAUCUUGGUGGAUAAUAGUUGGGUCAUUCCGUACAACCCAUGGUUGCUCUUGGAAUAUGAUUGUCAUAUCAAUCUUGAAAUUUGCAGUAGUGUUACAAGUGUGAAGUAUUUAUACAAAUAUGUUUAUAAAGGGCCUGAUCAUGUUGCACUAGAAAUUCGUCAAGGUCCUAAUUAUGACGAAGUACAACAGUUCAUAGAUGGAAGAUGCGUUUAUGCUCCAGAAGUAUUGUGGAAAAUAUUCAAAUUUCCAAUGACCAGAAUGACCCCUAGCGUAGAACGCCUCCAAAUACACUUACCAAAUAAGUAG